AUGGCUGAUCGCAUAGUUGAACUUAUUUUCAAUAUUGCUUUAUGGACGGUUCAAGGUAUAUGUAUCAUUUAUGAAGCCAAACAGAGAGCCAAAUCAGAAUCAGAAUCAUCAAAUCACAAUCGAUCUAAAAGAUCAUUAUCUCAACUAUCAUCAAUCAGUCCAUAUCCACGCGCAGUGCUUACUGCAUCGAGUUCAAUCAAUUUUGGUAACGAUUGUGAACGUCUUGUAAACAUAGCGUUUCAAACGAGUCAAACAUUUCCUACAAUGAUGAGUACAUGUGCUGAUAUCGACCAAUAUUUAUCUAAAGAACUUAAGAAGCACUAUCUUGAUGAAUGUUUUCAUGUUAUUAUUGGUGAAAAUCAUGCAUUCGGCUUUUCUGUUGAUGAUGGUCAACAUUUUGCAGAAAUCGAGCAAGACCGAUAUCGAGUAUUAAUUUUCUCCAGUAAACAAGAUCUCAACACAAAAUUAGAUACACAUGAUGCAAAUAGUCAUAUGGUACUCAAAUGGCAAUAG